CUCUUUUUUAUCAACAUCUUUAUCUCUUUAUAACACGUGUUUCUCAUUUUUUACUCCACAUUCUCAUUUUUUAGUUCUCUAUAGCGUAGGUAUUUUCAUUCAAGAACGAUCCAAUCUAAUGAUUCUUUUUAUGUGUUUAUUUAUUUAUUAUUAUUAUUUUUUUUUGGUUUCUCAAUCUAAUGUAUUUGCAUUUCUUGAUUUCAUGUUGAUUCAUUUCAAAGUUCUAUUGGUCAUUUGUCAAAGAUUGCUGAUAUACUUAUUCACGACGGAGGUACGUUUAUAUCCCUUUUUCUCAUCCCAUAUUUUACAGCAAUUCAUUGAUUUAUAUACUUUAGAUCCAUUCCCUGAGAAUCUGAUCCGUCAUUCGGUUUAUCUAGUUGGACGAAUCAGGGCCUCAAUGCAUUAUUUGGAUUUUUACUAGAAUGAUGAAGUUCACUGUUAGGAUAUAAUGCGUAAAUUCUAAUCGAUUAGUUUGAUAUAUUUGGAAAAUAUAGAAUUGGCGUUAGACUGUUGUUGUUUCAAGCUGGAAAAAGAGAAUUUGAGCUUAUGAAAAUUUCGACCUUGCUAAGAUGAUAAGGAACCUGAUAGCAAUUGUUGUAUUUUGUGGUUUUAUAUACAUAUUUGCCAAUCGAAUAUGAAAAUUUGAGUUAAAAUAGUUGUGAAAUAAAUAGUUUGAAAUAAAUUGAGUUAAUAUGAAAAAACUGUAUUUUGUGGUUUUACGAACCACAUUUGAGAAAUAAAGAAAGAAAUGUUGACUUUGAAAUUUAAGAAUUUGAAGAGCUACUUGCUUGGCCAAGUGCCCGAUAAAAGGAUUUUAUAUAUAUAUAUCAAUGGCCAUAUUAUAACAAAUUUUAGUUCAUUAAUCAUGUCAUGUACAGCUUGUAGUUGAAAUAUGUUUAGGAUGUGUAAUAUAAUUUCUUCACCAUUCUUGAAGAUAUCUAUGGGUUAGUCAGAUCUUUUAGCUAAAUGAGCUUGUCAAUGGGGACCCAUUGUUUUGGUUAAAAAUGAUACCUCUCUCUCUCUCUCUUUUUUGGUAGAUAAUGACUUCUCGAACAAGAAUUGGCAAGAAAAAUAGAGUUUUUACUAUAUCUUAUGAGCCACCUUCACAUGUUUUCUCGUCAAAGGUAUCAUGCAAUGGUCCAUUAACCUAUACUACUCGUCAAGCUAAUAUCUCUUCCUCAUUGUCAAAGACUAGUAAUGCUCAUGCUCCUACUCCUUUACCUCAACCUCUACGGGUUCCCGCCCCAUUAUCUCAGCCCCAUCUUCAACUUAAUUCAUCACAAGCAACCACAUUGACACAAAAGACCAUCCUCAAUUCCAACGAUUCUCAUCCUUUGAAGAGGAAGGGACGUGGUCCUACAAGAGGUAAGGGCACUGAUGAGAUUGUUAGUACAGCUGGAAAAAUACCGUUGGAGAUUUCUAAAAAACUGGGAAGAGCUAUUGGAAAUCAGCAAGCACGUUUGGCUAGUGAAUGUGGCUACGUCGUUCGAUCCUUUGCUCCACUUUGUUACAAAAGGUGGAUCGACAUACCCUAUGAAGAGAAAAAUAAAUUGUAUGAUCGAUUUUUGGCAAAAUUCAAGCUCGAUUUGACAGUUGAGCAUGUCCAUAAAUGUGUGAACGAUACUUUAGCGAGAAGAUAUCGUGAUUAUAGAUGCAAACUCAAAGAGAAAUAUUUCAAUGGAAAAAUAUUAGAUGAUGCAAUGAAGAACUGCCCAACUGACAUAAAGCAAGUUGAUUAGGACUGGUUGUGUCAAUAUUGGUCUAUCCCUGAAUUUCAGGAGAAGAUGUUUCAAAUUAAAGAGCAACCUAUUCUAGAGGGAUCUGAGGCCCCCACUGAACUUGAGAUUAUGCAAGUUUUAGGAAAAUCUGGAGGUUACAUUAGAGGACUUGGACAUGGUCCAAAACCUGCCUCAAGCCACUCUACUCAUUUGACAUCGGUUGAUACUGAAUCAAUAGCCCUUCGAGAGUAAAUACAAAAGCAGGAGCAAGAGUUAUUGAAUAUGCGUGCCAAGAUUUCUCACUUUGAGGCGCUAAUGCAUCAGUUCGUAUCGAAUCCAGUCGGCAUGUCUCCACAACAAGCUGAACCAGCAACAAUGUUUAGCAUGCCACCGCCUACUGAUAAUAAAUGAAUUAUGAUUUAUUUAUUUAUUUGCUUUAAUUGUUGAGACAGUUAUUUUCUUUUA